AUGAGCUGCGCCUCGGGGAGCGUCGUGCUCCCUGCCGGGGACCCGCCGAGAGCCGCCCCGCUGGAGCUGCCGGCUGGGGCGGGGGAGGCCAGCGGGGACAGCCCCGAGGAGGGCGAGGGCCGGAGCGGGAGCUCGGAGAGCGGGGCCGCCGGCGGCGACAAGCCCGAGACGCGCUCGGUGUGCAGCAGCAGCGAGAGCGGCAGCGGCGGCCACGCCGGCGGUGCCGGCCCCAUCUGCAAGAUCUGCUUCCAGGGCCCCGAGCAGGGUGAAUUGUUAAACCCUUGCCGCUGCGAUGGCUCAGUACGAUACACACAUCAGCUUUGCCUGUUAAAGUGGAUAAGUGAAAGAGGGUCAUGGACCUGUGAACUCUGCUGUUACAGAUACCAUGUUAUAGCCAUUAAAAUGAAAAAGCCUUGUCAGUGGCAAAGCAUUACUAUAACACUGGUUGAGAAAGUGCAGAUGGUUGCUGUAAUCCUAGGAUCUCUGUUCUUAGUAGCAAGUGUGACUUGGCUUCUAUGGUCAGCCUUCAGCCCUUAUGCAGUAUGGCAAAGAAAGGACAUCCUUUUUCAAAUCUGCUAUGGAAUGUAUGGUUUUAUGGAUCUAGUGUGCAUAGGAUUGAUAGUCCAUGAAGGUGCAUCUGUUUAUCGAGUGUUUAAGCGCUGGAGGGCUGUGAACCUACACUGGGAUGUGUUAAAUUAUGAUAAAGCCACGGACAUAGAAGAGAGCAAUCGAGGAGAAUCCUCAGCAGGGAGGACAUUGUGGCUGCCACUGACUGCAUUUAGGAACAGAAGUUUAGUCCAUCCAACACAGUUAACCUCACCAAGAUUUCAGUGUGGCUAUGUGUUGUUACACCUGUUCAACCGCAUGAGACCUCAGGAGGAUUCAUCAGAGGAUAACUGCUCUGGGGAAGUAGUGAUGAGAGUGACCUCAGUGUAG